CGGCGCGAGCUGGGUUGGCUCCUCUACUCCCAGUAAGCGCUCGAGCAGCACAGCACACAUCCUCGAGCCGGUCACUAUCCGCCCUCCAUAUCACUGUGUGUGUGCACCGUGCCAGCGCUCGAGCUCCAGCUCCAGGGAUUUUGUUUCCUUCAAGGAGCUAAACGUAAUUUUCUCGCUUUAAUUCAUCAGCUGAACUGAAGACGAGCGGAGCGUUUUUGUUUUUAUUAUUAUUUGUAGCAGCGGGACGAGCUCGGCGACACCGGAGACCACAGAGCGAGCCUUCAGCUUCCUAUCACCCAGGACACCGGACAGUAUUCCUGCAGCACAGGACGACACUUUGGAUUACUUUGACGCGCACUUUGUGACCGGACUACACCAAAGAUAGAACUACAAUAACGCGUCUUCUUCUUCUGUUCUUUACUAGAUAACACAACCAGAAUGCGCUGAGCGGAUGCAUGCACUUCUGUGCGCUUUGUGCAGAUUUGAGCUACGGGGAAAAAAUCUGUAACCUGUAGCAGAAUAAGCAGAAUAAGAUAUAAAAACAUUUAGGAAGCAUUUAUUUUAUUUAGAAAUAACCUCCCCCAACUUAUUAACCAUAGUGUUGGACCGAGCUCUGCUGCUGUUUGAACUCAGAGAAACCUCAGAGGAUCAGGAUGCAUCACAGUUGAAAAGCACUUUGGUGUUAAAAAGAAUCCGAUCGGACGGACCUCCACCUCCGUCCUGAACCAGGACAGGAGCCGAAUCAUGAUGAGUCCUGGCGGCCUGAUGUGUCUCCUGCUCCCGGUGCUGUGCCUGCUCUCCGGAGCCUCCUGGGCAGCGACCCUGGGCGGGCUGGGAGACAUCAUUCUUGGUCCGGAUAAAUUCCAGGGCGUGGCCAACUUCAGCACCUUCCUACUGGACCCCCUAACCGGCAUGUUGUUCCUGGGUGCCAGGGAUGCCAUACUGGCUGUGGACACCAGCAAACUGAACCAAAAACCACAAAUGAUUGUUUGGGAUGUGCCGGAGGAGAAGAGGAAGUCUUGCGUGGCGAAGGGAAAGACGGAGGUCGACUGCAACAACUACAUCCGUCUGCUGGAGUUUCUGGGCGACGGACGCAUCUACGUGUGUGGCACCUACGCCUUCGACCCCCAGUGUGCCUUCCUGGAGCUCUCCUCCUUCACCCUGGAGAAAGCCGAGGACGGAGGGGUCAAGAUGGAGACGGGGAAGGGCAAGUGUCCCUUUGAGCCCAGCCAGCACUACACAGCUGUUAUGGCAGGUGGGACCCUGUACACAGCCGCCACCAGCAACUUCCUGGGAACGCUUUUCGACAUCUCCCGGGCGACGGGCGCCGAGCAGGAGCGCAUCCGAACUGAGCGAUCCAUCAACUGGCUGAGUGACCCAGAGUUUGUGAGCUCCGCCUUCAUAGAGCAGUCUGCAGACAGCAACCCGACAGGAGACGACGACAAAAUCUACUUCUUCUUCACCGAGGUGGCCAAAGAGUACGACCUCUACACCAAAGUCAAAGUGCCCAGGGUGGCACGAGUCUGCAAGUCUGACGUGGGAGGGAUGAAGACUCUGCAGCGUCGUUGGACCACCUUCCUCAAGGCCCAGCUGGUGUGUGAGGACAAGCCCAGCGGUCAGCGCUACAACAUCCUGACUGAUGUUUUCACCACGCAACACACGCCGGGCGACCCCAGCAGCACACACUUCUACGGGCUGUUCACCUCCCAGUGGGAGCGUGAGGAGUUGUCAGCAGUGUGUGUUUUCAGUCUGUUUGACAUCAGCAAAGUGCUGGACGGUCCCUUUAAAGAGCUGAAGAAGACCUGCGAGAACUGGAUCAACCCUGAACCCGUCCCCACACCGAGGCCUGGCCAGUGUUUGAACAACGCGUUGAAGGCCGAGGGGUUCGAGUCCUCCCUGAAACUUCCUGACAAGGUGUUGACGUUUGUGAGGGACCACCCCCUGAUGGAGAACAGUGUUACUGCAGCGCCGUUACUGGUCCGCAAGGGGAUCAGAUACACCAAGCUGGCUGUGACGCAGACGGGCAGUGGAGAGGAGCGGAGGGGAGCAGUGCUGCACCUUGGAACAGACCGCGGGGAGCUCCACCGGGUAGCGGUGGUGGGCCAGAACGCCACCUUACUGCAGGAGAUUCCUCUGUUCCCCUCACAGGAGCCUGUCAACAAUAUAUUACUGCACCAGGGCCGGGCUCUGGUGGGCAGCCCUCUGUCUCUGGCUCGUGUCCAGGCUGAAGGCUGCGCUCUGUAUCCCAGCUGUGAGGUGUGUGCCAGAGCCAGAGGACUGGGCUGUGUGUGGAGCACAGAGGAGGGAGCCUGCAGGCCCACAACUGCAGAGCCUGGUCCAGGUGAUAUGGUAGACAACGCCUUGAGAUUGUGUGAUAUAGAGGAAGGGCGUUGCACCCCGUCCAUGAGGGAGCUCCGUGUCUCUGUGGGUCUGCGCCUCCUGUUGCCAUGUGUCCAGCUGUCUCCCAGGCCCUGUAGCUGGGAGCAUCCUCCCCACAGACACACCCGGCAGCACCACUCUGACCUGGAGGUCACUGUCACAAAGGACAGCCUCGGGAAAUACAUCUGCACAUGCCAGGAGGCAGGACCAGGUAGCAGAGACCCCACCCCCUGCCGUAGAGCAGCCUAUCAGCUGACACUAGAACACCCCACUACGGGACCGGUGGCGACAGCAGGAGGCCGUCACGUCCUGGCCAUCUACAUCCUUUUCUUCUUCUUGGGUUUAGCGUUUGGUGUAUUUCUCCUCUACUUCGUGAGCCGCCGGCGCAGCAUAGCCCGCCAGGGUCACCACCUUCCGGAUAAUUCGCUGUCGUCAGAGAAGGGGCGGGACUUGCUGGGCUCCUCGGCCACGCCGCAGUCCCCCAGCAGUGCCAGCCUGCUGUCAGAAGGGUUCAGAUUGACGGAAAAGCGCAACGGUACGGCGACCACGAACACGACCACGACGCUCCUCAGCAACCAGGGGAAUGGUGGUCACCACGGCAACAGCUACAGCGGCACCCUGAUCCACAGCAACCCCAGCAAUGGUCAUGGGAAUGCCCUGUAUACCAACUGCAACACAAGUAGCAGCGGGCUGAAGUUCGCCUCUGAAAUUUUAGCUGCAGACUUGCUGGACGGAAGGACGGGGGAGAGGGAGAGGGGUCGGCCGGAGGGGGUAGAGAGGGAGUCGGGGGAGAGGGACGAGGUGGAUGAGGGGCUGGGGGACGGGUUAGGGGACGGAAUAAAAGGACUAGAGGACGAGUUGGCCAGCUUUCCCAUGUUUAAAUCACCAGCACCACUGGCUCAGUGUGAAGAAAGUUCCAUAUGAAAAGGUGAUCUAAAUGAUGAUCGCACCAUUUUGCAUCCCCCAAACACACUGAAUACCAGGAGGAGUGCAAAAGUGGCUACUGCCAAAUGCCUUUGAUUGGGAGCUGUGGCAUGAAGAGAGACUACAGAGAUAUAUGAGAAAUAUAUAAGUUGAUGUCUAAGCAUGUGAGAGAGAAAACAUGUGACAGUGUUAAUGAGAGCCACAGCUAAAUAAAUGUGUCAGAUGUAAUAUAAAAUGUAAAUAUAACUUUGGACUGUGGACACGGAGCUGAGUGUGAUGUCGCGCAAUUUAAAUGUUUAAAAAAAAAAAUCAAAGAUGAAAUGUUUACAUGUGUAGACAUUGAAAAGCCAUAUUGUCUUUCUCCUUAACUUCUGUUGUUGUUUGCUCUCUCAUUCUCUUCUCCUGAUGGCACUGCAAAAGAAAAGUGCACUUUGAAUCUCUCUCUCUCUUUCUCUCUCUAUUUCUGUUCCUCUCUCUGACACUCAAAUCCCAGACCUUGACAGGUCCAAAGGCACCAAAGGACUGCUGAGCCAUAGACUGCCCAGUCAGACUGCACCGGCCCUGGGCUUCAAACAGAGAUGUCCCUGUCAGAGACUAAAGAACCAUAAAGAGUCCCUCAGAUGGACUGCGGUGACCGUGACGGGGCUGUCCCUGCCUACACUGCCGCAGAGGUCGAGAGGAUGAUAGGGUUGAAGGUCACCUAUCCGAUUUUCGUCGGUGUGGAAAGUUUAAGAUUCACAGCAGACGCAAGUAACUGACAGCUGCCCAGAUCUGUCACGGUUCACCUUCACAGUUACUGAGUCAGAAGGCAAAUGGUUAUCAGAAGGAUGUGAAAUUAAUUCCAGCCUCACGGCAUGGACCUUGCCAGACACAAAGCCACCAUCACCUCGUUUUGUGUGAAACUUAAAAAAAUGUAUUGUUUUUGUCAUGUUGUUUUGUAAUAAAGCCUAAAAAAGUUGCUGUUAA